AUGAUUACCAACUACUCGCAGCCACCAUCAGCUCUGACGUUUGAAGGGCUCCCAUACCCGCCGGCACUCCAGCAAACUUGCUUUCGGGUCCUGCAGUCACUUUCCCAUCGAUACUCAUGGCGAAGCACCCGGACCACGAGCACUACCGGGCAACUUGAGUACAGCUCCCCCGACCGAUGCACUUCAAUUUUUACCCGGCACAUAGGUUCUUCCAGGUGUCGCAGCCCUCCAAUCACGGGCCAGGGCAAAAGGGGCUUAGACACACGUGGACAACCGCGACACCCCUCCCCCCCGGUAAAUGCCAGUAACACUGGCGCCACGGUAUGCUUACCUCUCGCUCUAAUCACCUCUUACACGAAGAGGUACCGCUAG